AUGGCCCAGUACCAAUACAUACCCCUACCACCCAUUGACGAAGUCGGCCAGAAUCCCGCGUUCACACGCGUUUUGACUCUCUAUCCUGGCACAGAGCAAGAUCCACUAUACUGUACCCUCGACAUUGUUGAUAUUGAGCACUGUCCAUGGCCUCCUGAAGCCCUGUCGUAUGUAUGGGGCAGCGAACGGGCGCCUGUGCCCCUCUACUGCGGCAAUGGCCUACUCAGCAUAACCCUGAACCUCAACAUCGCGCUUCGCCAUCUACGUCUCCCUCAUGCUCAUCGCAGACUCUGGGUCGAUGCGGUCUGCAUUAACCAGGAUGAUCUGAGGGAGCGAGAGCGUCAGGUCGGCUACAUGAGGCUUGUAUAUAAGCAUGCAGUUGCAGUCAUCGCAUGGCUUGGGCCCGGUAUGCCCGAAACGAAAGAAGCAUUCGAUUUUGCGAGGAGAUUGUCCGAGUUGCAGAAGGAUAUGAAUCAAACCGCGACAACUGCGUCCGAUGGGAGGACACUCUACUCGAUGAAGACUGAAGCCGACGCCAUCCUGUGGGAGUCGCUCACCGCAGAGCCACGGGCGACGGAUGCACUGGCUUGCCUUUUCGCGGGCCAGUACUUUGAGCGCGUGUGGUGUAUACAGGAGGUUGUCGCCUCGCAACGCUGCAUUGCAAAAUGCGGACAGCACGAGAUGGAUUUCUUUGAUUUGAUCUCGCUGCUGAGAUAUGUCUGUAACAUCCGGGGGGUUAUCAUGGAUGCUCAGGGCUUUGAUUUUCCGGAUGGUACGGUGUCUUUUUGGAAUAUCGUUGUCGCCGCCAGACGGAAAAUACUGGUGUGGAGAGAACAGCAAUACGUGGGGGGAUCUAUCGGCCGCAUGUUCAGUUUACUUGCAGGAAUCCGCAACUUCAAGUGCACUGAUCCCCGCGAUCGGAUCUUUGCUCUUCUCGGGAUCUCGGACGAAGGAUUGCAGCCCGUUCUGGCACUGACCCAAGUCGAAGGUGCACAUAACUCGAGGGCCUUGUCGCUCUUGCAGCGCGGCGUCAUAUGGCUUUCCGAGAAGGUGAACUCGCUCGGACCAGAUAUCAAUUUCCUCAGGCCUGCUGCCUUGAGACCAACCUAUUCCAGGCCUGUCCGGGAAGUGUACCGAGACUUUACGAGGUUCAGUGUGCGCCAGCAGCCACGAAAGCUGGACAUGUUAUCACUCGUACAGCAUACUACACAUCCGGUACAGGACUAUUGGCCAUCCUGGGUUCCUAAGCUGCAUGAAGAACGCUCAGUGUCACUCUUUCCGCCUGGUCUGUUUCUCGCUGGUAUUCCAAUGCAUGGCCACUAUCGGUAUUUCGCGGAGCUUCACGACUCUCCCCUUGAUGGCAAAUCAGUCGAGCCAGAUGUGCUCCAGCUGGACGGGUAUCGUGUUGAUCUGGUUGACGCUGUGAGCGACCUUAUUCACUACAAGUACACGGAAAAGCCGCCAAUAGAAACGAUAUGGUCUCAGCUCUUCAACUUUCCGUUGUUUCCGCGUCCAGGCUUCCAGUACACAGGGACAAGCGAGGCUCUAGAUGUUGCUUUCUUGCAAACGAUCGGUGCUGGCAUGCUGGGGGUGAUCGGCAUGUUCAUCAGCCAGCAAGUCUCCUGGAAGGACUCAAGACUUGACGCUUGGGACGCCUUGACGCGGCAGUACCAGAGGGGCAAUCAGCGGAUCUCCCUGGAGAUGAGAAUGCAUAUACGCAUCCACUUUGGCUCUAUUCGUGGAACAGGCGGAUGUAUCGAACGAGAUCAGGGCUUGUCGGACUUGGUCCGCAAAUGA